AUGGAUUCACGUAGCUUUACCCAAGCUCUCAUGUUGAUUAUAGCCUUGUCAACAAUCCAAAUCACCAUAGCACAAAACUCUCCACAAGACUAUGUCGAUGCCCACAACGCUGCUCGCGCAGCGGUGAACGUCGGCCCCGUGCACUGGAACGAGACGCUCGCCGCCUACGCGCAAAACUAUGCAAGCCAACGAAUCGGGGACUGCCAGCUCGUGCACUCCGGUGGGCCCUACGGCGAGAACAUAUUUUGGGGCCUGGGCCGAGAGUUUACGGCAGCGGAUGCAGUGAAUGCUUGGGUUGAUGAGAAGAAGUACUAUGAUUACAGCAGUAACACUUGUGCAUCGGGUCAAGUAUGCGGUCACUAUACUCAGGUGGUUUGGGCUAAGUCGACAAGUAUUGGUUGCGCGCGCGUUAAGUGCAACAGUGGUGCGAUUUUCAUUGUUUGUGAGUAUUAUCCACCUGGGAAUAUAGUUGGGCAGCGGCCUUACUAGUUUGAUACCCCGUAUCGUCAUUGUCUAAGAAUAACCUAUUUGGAUAUAGCAUGUCUUAGUCGUAAUAUAUGGAAUAAGGUUGUAAUUGAAAAUUUAUCAUAUCGAUGCUAUUAUGGAUAAUAAAACAAGAUUAAUAUGGUGUUUAGUUC